AUGUUGUGACGUCUACGGUCGACCUGCAGAGUAACAAGAAAAUCAUUUUACGAUUUUACGGAAAUAGAUUCCGAAAGAACUUCACCCAGCUUUCCCGCUGUCCGGCAGCAACAGCAUCCAGCAUGGAACCGACAAGCAGCACCCUGAUUCAGGAUUUGCCGCCGGAGCUUCAACUUUUGAUUUUCGAUUAUCUGGAUUUCAAUUCUCGGCUGAAUUGCACGCUUGUUUGCCGGAACUGGAACCGGCUAGCGAUGAGUGGGGCCUUCCUGAACGAACGGGUUUUGAUGAAGCUGGAGGUUGAUUGCAAGUGCAAUCAGGGCCACGGCCAACCGACGCGGAUUAAGACGGUCCGGUAUAUUGGGAGUGUGCUUUGCAACAGCGAUCGCCGGUACCGGGCCUUGACGAUUCUGUACAUGCACGAGACGCUACCCGGGAUCAAUUCGUUGCUUGGGAUUCUGAGGAAGUUUGAGGACUUGACUUAUUUGCAUUACGAGCAGCGCCACCGGGUCACGCACAUUACGCUGGUGGAACAGAUUGUACAGUACUGUCCGCGGCUCAAGAAUCUGCAUUUGUUUUUGAUUUUGGCCCGGUGCAACAAACGGCGCACCUGGGACCAGCUGCCGAACAACCUGGAAGAGGUGACGUUUUCCGGCGUUUGCCUUGGGGACUUUAGCACGCUGGUCCAGCUAUUCCGGAACGUGACCAACGUGGCGCUGCGCUGUGCCCGAGUGCGCAGUGACCACCUGGAAGUGCUGGUCAAGUUUAUGCCCCGCGUUCAGGUGCUCAAAUUCGAGUACAUCGAAGUGACCGGCAUCCGGCCGUUGCGGCUGCUCAAGAACCUGCGCUGGCUGCGUUCGCUCACGAUUGCGCACUCGCUGUUUGCGAAGGAGUUUAGCAAGUGGCCAAAGCUGCCGCCCAGUGUGCGCUCCGUUACGCUGUACCAGUGCGCCCAGGUCAGGCUGAGGGAGCAGCUGCACGAGCGCUGGGGCCACGUCGAAAAGUUCCGGAUUGUGGAGCCGUCGGAGAGGUGUAGCCAACUCGUCGGACUACGAAAUGCUGUUUGUCGUGAUGUGGUUCGUCUCGUAGGAGGUUCGCGAAUGGUCGAUUUAUAAUUUGUUAAACCAUUCCGAGAUUGGUUUCAUUAUUGAUUGAACUCUGAUUAUUUACUUUUAUCAUGGACAUUGAAUGUCCGCUGUUGAUUUCCAAUAAAGCCGUGCUAGGCACGAACCUUCCAAAAUAACCAGCUUGAAGAAAA